AUGGACGCGUGCGUGAAUGAAUUGCGCGCCGAUUGCAUUUGUUGGCGGCGGCGCGAGGAAAAACGCGGCGACGGCGGCGCGCCGGCGCGGCGCUCAUGUCUAACACACAGAAAAUAUGAAAGAGACAUUGAAAGCAGACUGAGCGCAGGGAAUCAGGUGAAUGGUGCCUUGCAUGCCUUCAUGAGCAGCCAGAAAGUGUCUAAAAAGGCACGAUUGGUUGUACAUGGGGGGAGCUGGUUCCUACACUUAUGUAUGGAGUGUCCCGAGGGCGUGGUCCAAGAAGAUUCAUUCAAAGACAUUUAUGCCAAAUUCUUCCCACACGGAAACUCGGCGCUGUACGCUCACUAUGUGUUCAAAGCCUUCGACGUGAAUUGCAGUGGAGCUAUCAGCUUUAGAGAGCUACUGGUGACCCUGUCCACGUUGCUGCGAGGGUCAGUCUAUGAGAGAUUACGCUGGGCCUUCCGACUUUACGACGUAGAUGGAGACGGCGCUAUUACCAGGCAGGAGCUGGCUGAGGUGGUAGUGGCUGUACACGAAUUACUUGGAAGACGAGCGCCUCCAGGGUCGCCGGCCUCCCGGCUUGACGACGCAAAGGCAAAUGAACAGGUGGACCGCGUAUUCAGUAAGCUGGAUCUUAACCAAGACGGCGUGAUCACGAUCGAGGAGUUCUUAGAGUCGUGCCUGAAGGACGACGUCAUCACUAAAUCGCUGCAGAUGUUCGACACGGUGCUAUGACGUCAGACCGACGACGCGCCGCCUGCCAGGAGCGAGGCGAAGCGCUACCGUUUUCCCGUUUGCACUUGUCCCGCAGAGCAAACCCAGGUGUGGCGCUGGCGAGCUGCUGCGACUCACGCUCUCACUCUACUUGACCGCUUUUACCGCGCCGUCGUACGCCCGAGGCUGCGAUCUGUUCUUUUCGCGCACUUCUAGAUCAUUCUGCCAGUUUCUAGAAUCUUCUGAACCGUCAAACGCGCGCGUCCCAUUUACGUUUUAAUUUACGUUCUAUGACAUUGUACGUCUUUCAAUAUGGUUCCUCAUUAACAAAUUUUGUUGAAGUUUAAGACA